AUCAUGUCGGCGGCGCAGGUGUCCUCGUCCCGGAGACAAUCUUGCUACCUGUGCGACCUGCCCCGCAUGCCCUGGGCCAUGAUCUGGGACUUCUCGGAACCCGUAUGCCGCGGUUGCGUCAACUACGAGGGCGCCGAUCGCAUCGAGUUCGUGAUCGAGACCGCGCGCCAGCUGAAGCGGGCGCACGGCUGCUUUCAGGACGGCCGCUCCCCCGGGCCGCCGCCGCCCGUCGGGGUCAAGACGGUGGCCCUGUCGGCUAAAGAGGCGGCGGCUGCGGCAGCGGCGGCAGCUGCCGCCGCACAGCAACAGCAGCAGCAGCAACAGCAGCAGCAGCAACAACAGCAGCAGCAGCAACAGCAACAACAGCUCAACCACGUCGAUGGUUCCAGCAAGCCUGCGGUGCUGGCGGCCCCGUCCGGCCUGGAGCGCUAUGGCCUUAGCGCCGCCGCCGCCGCUGCCGCUGCCGCCGCCGCCGCGGUGGAGCAGCGCAGCCGCUUCGAGUAUCCUCCACCGCCGGUGAGCCUGGGAAGCAGCAGCCACGCCGCGCGGCUGCCCAACGGCCUGGGGGGCCCAAAUGGUUUCCCCAAGCCAACACCGGAGGAGGGACCCCCAGAGCUGAACCGCCAGAGCCCCAACUCCUCUUCAGCUGCGGCGUCGGUGGCGUCUCGGCGCGGGACGCACGGUGGGCUAGUGACGGGGCUGCCCAACCCGGGGGGCGGUGGAGGCCCCCAGCUCACGGUGCCCCCCAACCUGCUGCCGCAGACGCUGCUUAACGGCCCGGCCAGUGCCGCCGUGCUGCCCCCACCGCCGCCGCACGGCCUGGGCAGCCGUGGGCCCCCGACGCCCGCGCCCCCAGGGGCGCCCGGGGGCCCCGCUUGUCUGGGGGGCGCCCCAGGCGUAUCAGCCGCGUCGUCCUCAGCGUCGUCUUCCACCUCGUCGUCAGUGGCCGAGGUGGGUGUAGGUGCUGGCGGCAAAAGGCCCGGCUCGGUAUCGAGUACAGACCAGGAGCGCGAGCUGAAGGAGAAGCAGCGGAACGCUGAGGCCCUGGCUGAGCUGAGCGAGAGCCUGCGCAACCGCGCGGAGGAGUGGGCCAACAAGCCUAAGAUGGUCCGCGACACGCUGCUCACGCUGGCUGGCUGUACGCCCUACGAGGUGCGUUUCAAGAAGGACCACUCUCUGCUGGGCCGCGUCUUUGCCUUCGAUGCUGUCUCCAAGCCGGGCAUGGACUACGAGUUGAAGCUGUUCAUCGAGUACCCCACGGGCUCAGGCAACGUGUACUCCAGCGCAUCUGGUGUGGCCAAGCAGAUGUACCAGGACUGUAUGAAGGACUUCGGCCGGGGUCUCUCCUCCGGCUUCAAGUAUCUGGAGUACGAAAAGAAGCACGGCUCCGGGGACUGGCGUCUACUUGGAGACCUGCUGCCUGAGGCCGUGCGCUUCUUCAAGGAGGGCGUGCCCGGCGCCGACAUGCUGCCCCAGCCCUACCUGGACGCCAGCUGCCCCAUGCUGCCCACGGCGCUGGUGAGUCUAAGCCGCGCCCCCAGCGCGCCCCCGGGCACCGGGGCCCUGCCGCCUGCCGCCCCUUCGGGUCGGGGCACAGCUGCCAGUCUUCGCAAGAGGAAGGCGUCCCCUGAGCCCCCGGAUUCCGCCGAGGGCGCCCUGAAGCUGGGCGAGGAGCAGCAGAGGCAGCAGUGGAUGGCGAACCAGAGCGAGGCACUAAAGCUCACCAUGACGGCCGGGGGCUUUGCGGCGCCCGGGCAUGCCGCCGGAGGUCCGCCCCCACCGCCUCCGCCCCUGGGACCCCAUUCCAACCGGACCACCCCGCCCGAGUCAGCCCCCCAGAACGGCCCUUCCCCCAUGGCCGCCCUCAUGUCGGUGGCAGACACUCUGGGCACGGCGCACUCGCCCAAGGACGGCAGCUCCGUGCACUCCACCACUGCGUCCGCGCGGCGCAACAGCAGCAGCCCGGUGUCACCGGCCUCGGUGCCCGGGCAGCGCCGCUUGGCAUCACGGAACGGGGACCUGAAUUUACAGGUGGCGCCCCCGCCUCCUAGCACCCACCCGGGCAUGGACCAAGUGCACCCCCAAAACAUUCCGGAUUCCCCUAUGGCCAACAGCGGGCCCCUCUGCUGUACCAUUUGCCACGAACGUUUGGAGGACACGCAUUUCGUUCAGUGCCCAUCAGUCCCCAGCCACAAAUUCUGUUUCCCUUGCUCUAGAGAGAGUAUCAAGGCCCAGGGGGCCACCGGCGAGGUGUACUGCCCCAGCGGAGAGAAAUGCCCCCUGGUUGGGUCGAAUGUACCUUGGGCCUUCAUGCAGGGCGAAAUCGCGACGAUCUUAGCUGGAGAUGUUAAAGUGAAAAAGGAGAGAGACCCUUGAACCACAAGACAGCCACCUCCUUUGCCCCUGACCGGCUCCUCUCCGAUCCAGAGGGCCCCUCCCCCACCCCCCUCCCCCCUCCCUUCCCUCACCCCCAAGGUGUAGAAUUGUGAAUAUAACAAACUGCAAAAAGUUAGUCUUAUGUAUAGACAUUAUUUUCGUCGUAUGUUUCUAUAUUUUGAAACAAAAGGUAUGUAACUUCUUCAUUUGAAGGAUAAGCUGGUUUGUGUUAAGCAGUAUAAUAUUGGUUGGGUCAUUUGCAUCAUUUCGUUAGCAUUUAUUUGGUGGCAGAGUGUUUGCCUAGGUACCGAAUUAAUAGCCCUUAGCAACGACUGCUGCUGGUGUGUAUUUUUGUAAAUGUUAUGCACUCUCUGAAAGGAAAAAAAAAACACAAAAGAAAAUGACUUUUUGUUUUGUUUUGCCAAGGCCAGUGUUGCUGCCUAAAAAAAAAAAAAAAAAAAAAAAAAAAAAAAAAAGCUAUAAAAUGGUGAAAGCUUCUUUCUAAACAGCCCCAAGUGUUGAAGUCUUCACUUUAUUUUGUUGGUUUUGUUCCGUUUUGUUUUGUUACUCUGUUUUGUUUGCAAAAUGGUAAGGGGGAGGUGUUGGGGGGGAUGGGGUGUUUUUUGUUGCAAGUUUGUGAGGGAAAAUGUUUUGGUUUGUUUCUACUGACCUGGAUGUGUUGGAUCUUCACGUGUUGUUUUGUUUUUGUUUUAUUGAUGCACGGAUGCUUUUGAACAGUAGAGCGAAAUGCUAGACAUGGGGAGUCUGCUCUGUUUGUCCUUUAUACAUUUCUGUAGUUAACAGAACACUGUAAUGUGCCUUGGAGCUUAGUAACUUGUAAUAAAUUCAAUUGAUAUUAA